UUGAUUUAAUUCUCGGGGGAGCCUGUAACCCCAAGAGAACGCGUCCCCAGGUGGCGGAUAGGGGAACGCUCGCCGUCCCCGGACGGAGGGCAGGAGGGAAAUAAAAUACCUCCCGUGGACCAACAGGCAACAGCCAGAGCUCGAGAACUGCAUGGCACAGGUGAUGAGAGAUGAUGAUGCUAUUGGAUCAAUGAGUGAUAUGUGGACCCGAAGAAAUCACUUGUUUUGAAACCUCGCACACGUUUAAUCAAUUGAAAUUGCACAAGACAAUGGUCACGAAGUUGUGAAGAAAUCAAGCUGCCGAGACAAUCGUCAGAACUAUGAAGAAACCAGGGACUUAUAUGGAUCCUGAGUAUAAAGAAGGGACAUCAAGGAACGAGCUAUUGAACCUUUCCUGCACGUGAUGUGUUUAGAGAACUGCAUGGCACAGGUGACGAGAGAUAUGCUGGUUCCCUUGGGAUGACCACGAGCCACUCAUUGGUGUGGCCCCAAAAGAUUUGUUUUGAAACCCCACACAUUGUCAUGUAAGUUGAAUCAAUUGCAAUUGGAAAAAACUGUGAUGACGAAGAAACGAAGAACAGUGUGUCAAUGACGCCGGAUCGACAUGAAGGUACCUUUAUUACAUUCGGAUAUCAUACUCCGGGACGGUCGUCGAGUCAUCAGAACCAUGAAGAAACCAGGGACUUGUGUGAAUCCUGAGUGCAAGGGAGGGACAUCUAAGGACUUCUGGCAAGCGAAUCCACAAUCAACAAACAUCAGGUGAUCAUCAGUGAAGAUCGGAGAAAAGAAACUUUACAAUAUAAUAACGACGCGGGUACGAUGCCGCUCACUCAAGAAAAACGUUUGGACUCCAAAUUUUCCAACAACAAUGACCAAAGCUAUCUUCACAAGAAGUUCAAAAAAAUGGCAUCGUCCAUUUCUGUUUCCCGCCAACUCGAACAAGGGCGGUGAAAAUGCACACAAAGAAUCAAGUGUAGUACAAUCUACAUGUAACACUUUAUUUUCCAAUGGAAGUAUCUCAGCAGGCCACCCAGAAAUAGAGAAAAUUAAAUUGAAAUCAGACAAGCAAAGCAUUGAUAUUUAGGAUGCAGAGAAAAAUGUACAAACUAAUUUUAACGACGAGAACAGUAGAAUAAUAAUAUUCAAGUAUCUGGUCAGACCAGUUAUACUGAUGAAUUUUCUAAUAAGACUGAAAACCUUGAAAAUGAUUUUAUCAGGGAAUCCUACAACGGAGGGGUAGGUGGGCGGUAUAUAUGCCCAUAUUGUAAAUUAUCUUGUGCCAAGCCUUCCGUACUUCAAAAACAUAUCAAAGCUCAUACAAAUGAGAGACCUUACCCUUGUGUACCUUGUGGUUUCGCUUUUAAAACGAAGUCUAAUCUUUAUAAACAUCGAAGAUCCAGAACGCAUGCUUUAAGAUUACAAGGAACGGAUGUAUCUACUGCGUUAAACGACGAAGACUUAUCAGGAGGGUCGGAAAGUGAUACGUCUAUGCCACCUACACCAGUAUCCGAUUCAGGAUCUGAUGCAUCCACACUCCGCCAUGAAAGCCUGUCUAUAAGGUCGAGCGAAUUCUCUUCGCCGGAAUUGGUUAACGACGGCGUAUCGCAGAUAAGCGCCAACUUAUCUUCAAAUGAAAAUAGCAAGUCGAAAUCAAUUUACAAACCCAAGUUUAGAGCAGCAUUUUAUAAUGACACUGAUGAAAAAGAUAAGGUAAAGAAAAUAAUCUCGCCAAACGCAGACUUUCUUACGGAACAUACCUCCAAAAUUAUAUCAGAUAAUGAAGCUAUUGUAGAUGUUAUAGAAACACCGUUGCAGAAAAAAUAUGGCAAAAUAAAGCAGAUAGCAGAAAGUACACAAUUCUUAAAUGAAAAUUUUGACUCUAAAAUCGACCCAUCACCAUUAAAUCUGACAAAAAAUAGUACAGAGACAGAAAAUAAUUUUAGAAAAAGAUCGCAUUCGGAAAGUUUUUCACAAAUUGAUCAUCAGAAGCAUCCGCUUAACCCUGAAGGAUCUAUAAUUAAAGACCUUCUUUUAAAAACCAAGACAAAUGGCCUUACACCAGUACCGAGUGAAUUAGUUGAUGGACAGGGACCACUGUUAGUGUGCCCAUUGUGCCAAAUAAUGUAUCGCAGCGCAGAUAAUCUGGAGAUUUACAGAAAUUAUUAUUGCAAAGGUAGUUUUAUCAAUACUACAGCAAUCAAUACUGUUCAAAAAUAUAUUAAAAUAGCCAGGCCGGAAAAUAUAUUUAUGCGGAGUAAUUCUGUAAACGUACGUUUGCCUGAAACACCACAAAGCUCUUAUACAAAGACAAGCUCGUCCAAUAAGCUAUCAUCGCCUCUAAGAUGCAAGCCUGAUAAUUUGGUAAUAAUGAAGUCAGAAUCUAAUGAUAUAGUUGCUCCUCUAUCCUCACCUGGACCAUUGUUAGGGAACACCAGACUCGUUGAUUCAAAAAGUUCAAAUGAAAUAUCAAGAAAAAAUGAGAACUUAAAAGAAGAACGGUCACGCCCCAUACAAAAAAAACCCAGACCCGACAGAAACGAGACAUACCUCAGUUUUUUUGUCAUGUCUUAAUUAGUUAAAUUAUGUAUUUUUUAUAUUCGAAAUCUAUGUAUAACACCAAAAUAUUACCCUUUGUUUUUGUUCAGGCAUUAUACAAAAACUAAUACAAAAUGCCUAUUUAUCACCAAAAUUGGUAAAUGUAUGUACCUAAAUUUCUAUUACAGCUGCUAUGGAAUGUAUCUAGGUGACCUGGAGAUACAGCCGGAUUAUACAGGGUGGUUAUACAUAUGGAACGAUAAGUGAUCUCACUCGAUUAUUUCUAAACUAUACAAGAUAUCGCAAAACUAGUUACUGAUUCUGAAAGUGCUUCACGAGCUCUUUCAAAUGGUACCAAUAAUAGGUUACAGAUUAUGGAAGCUGGUAACAUUGAAUUUUUGGAUUUUGUAACUUCUCGUUUCCACCCUGUAUAAUCCGGCUGUAUCUCCAGGUCACCUAGAUACAUUCCAUAGCAGCUGUAAUAGACAUUUAGGUACAUACAUUUGCCAAUUUUGGUGAUAAAUAGGAAUUUUGUAUUAGUUUUUAUACACUCAACAUCAAAUAAACCGCGCCUUCCGCGACGCGAACUUUAAAGAUUUUCUUCUGAUACAAUCAUGGUACCCCAACAAUAUUGGUGUUAUUUGAAAGCCCAAUAAAUAUCCUUGAAGAAAAAUACAUUUCAUUUCUAAAUAAAUGAAUAACAUAUACCAUAAAUGUGACUUGAAAAUAGACCUCACUUUGGGCUCACCUCUGGGAUCAAUUAGACCAAUUUUUAUGGUUAUAAAACCAAAUAAAGAUCUCACGUGUCCUCUUUAACAGAUGGAUAGCGAUUAAUCCCAACUUAAUAGUUUUAUAGUCAUAAAAAAUGGCUAUAGCGUAACUCCCUAUUUUUUGAAGAAGUGACUGGAUCCUUGUAAAGACACAUUUAUGGGGUAAAAACCUUUCCUUUAAUGAAAUAAAGUUUAAAACUAGGCUUUCAAAUGGUACCAAUGUUGGUGGGAAGUGGGGAUGCAUACGUUUGAUAAGUGCUUGUCGCGGGAGGUGCGAUUUAUUUGAUGCAGAGUGUAUAACGCCUGAACAAAAACAAAGGGUAAUAUUUUGUUGUUAUACAUAGAUUUCGAAUAUAAAAAAUAUAUAAUUUAACUAAUUAAGACAUGACAAAAAAACUGAGGUAUGUCUCGUUUCUGUCGGGCCUGGGUCACAGAUGACCGUUAUUCUUUAAGCCAAUAGCUAGCCCAAAAAGAAAAUUGAGAGCAGAUCAGAUAAUAACUAUAGUCCAAGACAAAUAGAAAAUGUGUCUCUCCGUACUGGAGAGUUAUAUUCUCAACCUAAAGUAAUUCAAAUUCAAGUGCAACAGGACUUCGAACACUAGAAGAAAUGUCCACACACAUGAGACACAACUCAACGUCCUUACAGAUGUUCGGGGGUGAAGUGAAAAUAGUAGACCACUGUGGAGGCACUACUACACUACGUAUAGAACCUAGUAAAAUCAACUAUCUCCGAUAUUGAUUCAGCAAAACUUGUCACCGUCUAAAUUAGCUAAUGAUUUAGAAGCCAGUAGUAUUGUUGUUCGGUCUGGCUUGCACUCCGGUGGCACAAUGGUACAUAAUCCUCCGACGCCCAAAGAAAUUCUUGGGACGACGCAGCCACAAACACCUAGAAUUUCAAUAUCCAACACGCCUGAAAUUUCCAGUUCCAAUCUGCCUAAUUUACAUGAUAUAACGCAUUUUCAAUUUCCUCCAUUGAGUGCUAUUACGGCAUUUAAUCCAUUGACUUUACCUCCAUUGAGCCCAAUGACCUCACCAAACGGUGCCACUCCCACAACCAUUUUGCACGGCGGAAAGUUAAUUCCUCAUGUUCCUGGGAUGCCUGGACCAAAUACUCCUGGUGUGUAUGUUGGCAAUUUAUCUGCAAAACACAAAAACUUUAUAGUGAGUAAAGAAACUAUUAAGGCCAAAACUGUAUACUUACAUUUUUCUCUCUGUGGGAGAACAUAAUUAGUGUGAAAGCGAAUCUCUCUGUUAUAGACACGAAACCUUUCUAUGCUGACUUACAAGGUUUUGUGGACUUACUACGAAAUACAAUGCUGCCAAGUCUCAUUUAUACUCAUUUGCUUAGUUUAUUCAAUGAAGUUUUAUGUUAUGGUUCCACUUUGGCUUUACAAGAUAUCUUGCCUGAGGAGAUUUGCUGUCUAGCUCACUCUAUAGUAAGAUUUGUCAAGGAUUUUAGGCUGCUAAACGAUGUGCGAGUACAAAACAGCAGAAGUGGCCUUGGUUUCUUAGGUCCUGAAUGCACAGUAAUCCGUAACUAUUCUUUAGGGCCCGCAGUAAGCCCAUUGUCCACCACAAUUCAAUUGGUCGAUGAAAGUUACGGAGAGGACGAAAAUGAUGAUUCAAAUCACACAAGAAGUGAAGUGGACAAGACAAUGUUGCAGAGAAUGUCUUUGCUAGUACUCAAGUCAGUUGCUGUAACUGUGAAAGAAAUGCGUUGCGAUUCCUCUGACAGUUCUAUUGAUUCGUCAGAUUAUAACGCGAUACAAGACAUGCAGAUCGUCGAACGAUCCAUCAGAGAUGUGUUGAAAAAACUUGAUGUUUUUAUUAGAAACAGCCUAGAGUUCCACCCAGAAACACCAUUUACAAAAAUGUUAAUACAUCUGUUCAGUGAACAGGAUGACUAUCUUAUUGAAUCCAUGGUAUGCACACUGGACAUAACCGUUGGUAUUGUAUACAGAAAUUCUAUGUAUCCAGACCUCAUUCCCAUGUUGAAUCCAAUUGCUUCAUUUAUAGAAUUCCUAAAAGUGGUUUCCCAUGACAGUGAUGUCUUGCUGGAUUACCUGGUGAGCAAUGAAACAUGCUUUUUGCUAUAUUUGCUCAGAUUUUUAAAGUAUGUGAGGAGGAACUGGCCCAAAUUCCUUGAGACGUGCCAGCAAACCGAUCUAGGUGGCUCAAGAGGUCUUGAUGACACAAUGAGGGUGUUGAUUCGACUACGAUUACAACUCAGCAGACUGGUAUCUAAAUCGCUUUUCCCAUACAAUAUUGGGCCAGUCCUAAGAUUGCUGGAAGUAUGUGAGAGCUUAUAUGAAGGCAAUGAAUUUAGCUGAAGUUAACCCUGAAGGAUCUAUAAUUAAAGACCUUCUUUUAAAAACCAAGACAAAUGGCCUUACACUAGUACCGAGUGAAUUAGUUGAUGGACAGGGACCACUGUUAGUGUGCCCAUUGUGCCAAAUAAUGUAUCGCAGCGCAGAUAAUCUGGAGAUUCACAGAAAUUAUUAUUGCAAAGGUAGUUUUAUCAAUACUACAGCAAUCAAUACUGUUCAAAAAUAUAUUAAAAUAGCCAGGCCGGAAAAUAUAUUUAUGGGGAGUAAUUCUGUAAACGUACGUUUGCCUGAAACACCACAAAGCUCUUAUACAAAGACAAGCUCGUCCAAUAAGCUAUCAUCGCCUCUAAGAUGCAAGCCUGAUGAUUAGGUAAUAAUGAAGUCAGAAUCUAAUGAUAUAGUUGCUCCUCUACCCUCACCUGGACCAUUGUUAGGGAACACCAGACUCGUUGAUUCAAAAAGUUCAAAUGAAAUAUCAAGACAAAAUGAGAACUUAAAAGAAGAACGGUCACGCCCCAUACAAAAAAAACCCAGACCCGACAGAAACGAGACAUACCUCAGUUUUUUUGUCAUGUCUUAAUUAGUUAAAUUAUGUAUUUUUUAUAUUCGAAAUCUAUGUAUAACACCAAAAUAUUACCCUUUGUUUUUGUUCAGGCAUUAUACAAAAACUAAUA